AUGGUAGCAUUUCCGCCGCUAGCUCCAGUGCCCUCCCCCGCGGUGCGGAGGGCGAUUCCCUCCAGUGACUGGGAUGCGUGCUUGGAUGCAUGGAUGACUUUGCUCGGAGUCCGGCUCAAUUCCCCAGACCAGAAAUUCCGAAUAUCCGCUGCUGAAGACUCAUCAAUAAUCUUUUUCCUGGAAUCUUUUUACCAACAUGCAGCUGCCGGUGACUCCGGUCUUCAGUCCGGGCCCAAAGCUCGACAGCUACGGAAGCUCUGUUUUCUCACAACAAGACGAUACUUGCUUGAGCUUUCCGGCCCGCCAGAAGGUCUCUUGAGCUGGCAGCUCCUCGGCAAUAUUUGUUGUGCCUAUCCGUCCAGUGCGGCGUUGAAGACGUCAUUAUCAGCUGCGUGGGAUCUGCAUCACGAGAGGAUAUCCUCCAGCGUAGAGCAGGGGAAAUCACAUCUGAUCAAAAAGCUCACUUCAGGGGCCGCCUCGCUUUCAUCUGACACAGUUGCCGAUAUUCGCCGGUUGACGAUCCUUGUAUCGACCCUUCCAGAAUGCGGCCAGAUCCUGAUGGCAGGGUCUGAUUACCUCGACACUUUGAAUGAAGCCUACCAGAUGAGGGCGAGCAAUGAAGAGCUUCGCAAGAUCAUUGUUGCUAAUGUCUACGUCGGUCUGGUGUCUCUGAUGAAAGAGACCACCAACAACCUGUCGCUGUUGCUGGACCAGCUCUUCAGCCUCAAGGCUAGUGCGGGUGUGGGCACUUCUGCAGUGAAAAGGGGACCCAACCUGCUAUCAGACCUCAUAUGUAGCUCGGACCUAUUACAGCGUUUGGAAAAAUAUCUCGCUGGUCGUCCUCAAAAGCGAGGUCAAGAUCUUCUUGUCCUUCUGCGCGACUACCAGAGGGAGAUGAACCCCUUUCACAAUCGCUACCAAAGGCGCAAACGAGUGGAAAAGGGGAAGCAGGCAGCAAAUGGGCCUGCCGUCCCAUCUGAUUUGCACGCUCAUAAGAUGUCGCUCGUGUCCCAAGUUCAAGACUUGUUCCCAGAUCUUGGCUCAGCCUUUGUCGUGAGAUUGCUGGAUACCUUUGGGGACGACCCCGAGACAGUCAUUGCGCAUCUUUUGGAUGAUUCACUCCCGUCAGAGCUCCAGUCCCUCGAUCGAUCCGAACAGCUCCCUGAAAUGGCAGAGGCUCAUCAUAAUUACCUCGAACCCCGGCCCACACCCCCAGCCGUCGCAUCGCCGUUGCAAGAACCAGUUUCCUCACGCAGAAAUAUCUUUGAUGAUGAUGUCGACCUUGCAGAACUCAGUCUAUCCGGCGCAGCAGAGGGUAAGGUUCGAUUUGGGCGUGCCAAUCCGGACCUCACCGCCGACGAAGUGCUCGCAGAUCGCAGCAAGCAUGCUAUCAACAAGGCAGCAAUUCUCUCUGCGCUGGCCACAUUUGAUUCGGACGACGACGAACGAGAUGAUACCUACGACGUUGCGGACGUGGGCGGUACUGUAGACAGUGCCACAGCGGGCACGGACGCCGAGGCCGAGGUGGUUUCGCGGAACCAACAAGCUGCGGCCGACCAGCUUGAUCUGACUCUUCUUCGCGCUUACAAGUCCAAUCCCGCCAUAUUCGCUAGGGAUUCGGCGACUCGUCGCGCUCAGCCUCGCCUUGCACUCAAGCGCGAGACCAACAUGACCGAUGAAGCCAUUGAGGGAUGGGCAGUCAUGCUGUCCCGGGAUCCGAAGCGCCUCACCAAGCUGGAGAACAAACUCACUGACGAGCUUGGUGGGGGUGCAGGUGGUUCGCUGAAUCAGCCGGAGCUUGCGCCGACAUCAUAUCGGAAGCCCCAGGCUAACGAUGAUUCCGACGGAGAUGGGGAGUCCUCUGGACCAGGAAGCGGGCGUGGUGGUCGUGGUGGCCGUGGACGUGGCGGGCCCGGUAGGGGACGUGGCAGGGGAGGACGAGGUGGUGGUCAUCCGCCUCAGUCUGGCGAGCAGGGACAACAGCACACUCCCAUUGCGCACCAGCGAAAGGAGCAAAACAAGGCCAGUCGGGCGAAUCAUAAUCGCCGUCAGCAACGAGCCAAGAAGAUUGCGCGAGUGGGGGGCUUACCAGGCUGA